UCCUGCAGCUCUGAGCAAAGCCGCCUGCCACCAUGGUGCACUGGUCAGCCGAAGAGAAGCAGCUCAUCACCAGCCUCUGGAGCAAGGUCAACGUGGAGGAAUGCGGUGCCGAGGCCCUGGCCAGGCUGCUGAUCGUCUACCCCUGGACCCAGAGGUUCUUUGAUAACUUUGGGAACCUCUCCAGCCCCACCGCCAUCAUCGGCAACCCCAAGGUCCGCGCUCAUGGCAAGAAAGUGCUCACCUCCUUUGGGGAAGCCGUCAAGAACCUGGACAACCUCAAGGCAACCUACUCCAAGCUGUCUGAGCUGCACUGCGAGAAGCUGCACGUGGACCCCGAGAACUUCAGGCUCCUGGGAGACAUCCUCAUCAUCGUGCUGGCCGCACACUUCGCCAAGGACUUCACUCCUGCCUGCCAGGCCACUUGGCAGAAGCUGGUCGGCGUGGUGGCCCAUGCUCUGGCCUACAAGUACCAUUAAACCCUCCCGGAGGAAGAUGUGUCUGUAACAGUCAAUAAAAAAAAAAAUCCACAUUUUCUGAACUUCUUAGCAUGCUGCU